UAUCCCAAGGGAAGCAGUUCUUUUAGAUUUUACUAAGAGUCAGCUAACACUUUCAACAUCCCUUCUCUUCUCUGUUUUUAAAGAACGUUCUGGCUUUGUUUCACUUUCAUCGGGAGGCUUAAAUGACACCAAGCAAAGCUACUUAGUUUAGAUUUCCAGGCCUACUGCCAACUUUACUGGAGCUUCAUAUAGAUUUUAAUAAAAUUUCAACUGUGGAACUUGAAGAUUUUAAACGGUACAAGGAACUGCACAGAAGUUCAUUGGUGAAAAAAAAAAAAAAAAAAACAAAAAACCCAAGCAUGAAGCUAGCAGUGUUGUUUUGUUUCACUCUGCUCAUUGCUCUUCAAGCUGAUUGUGACCGAAGUCCUAGGAGGCAAAGGGGAAGGAUGCAUCAGAGAGGACCCAGGAAAAGCUCUUCACUCCACCUCAGAGCCAACAGGCAGCUUCAAGUUCAGCAAACUACUGCUGCUCCAGAUGCUACAUCACCCACUGCCAACUUUGAUUACAGUGUGGAAGAAAACAUAGAGUCACUUCCAAGUAAUCUUGGAGUAGAAUCAAGUUACAGUGUUUUACCAGGAAAGAAAGGACACUGCUUUGUAAAGGGCAUGAUCAUGUACAACAAAGCUGUCUGGUCACCUGAGCCCUGCACCAUCUGCCUCUGCUCAAAUGGAAGAGUGCUUUGUGAUGAAACUGAGUGCCACCCCAAGGCAUGUCGCUAUACCAUUAAACGGGAAGGAGAGUGCUGCCCCAUCUGCUCUGAUGCUGCCGCCUACUCUCUACUCCAUAGUAGGAAACUACAUGAUAAAACUGAGUUUUCUGGUGAUUCUUCAGAACAAGACUCCAUUAACAAGCUUCACAAGCAAGUGCUACCUCUUCAGAUGGAAAUGGGCCAAGUGGCCAUAAAAGAAGCUCUUCAAUCUGAGGAGGAUGAAGAGGUAGCUAAAGGACACAAGGAGCACAAGAAAGAGACCUCAGUGCCUACUAAGCUCCAUGGUGAUGGGGAAAGAACUGAGAGAAACCUGAGGCCGGAGAAAGAAGGGAGGUCAGCACAUCAACCACUGUACCAUGGAAGAAGGGAGGAAGAGGACAGCCAGGAGGACACUGAGAGGGAAGGAGAGGAGGAAGACGAUGCUGUAAGAGGAGAUGUGUUCAGAAUGCCCUCCCGGUUAAUUCCUGGAACCCCAAGAGGCAGGCCACGCCUGCCCAGAAGCUGUUCCCUGUCCUACAGGACUAUCAGUUGCGUUCAUGCAGACUUCACUGAGAUCCCACCAAUGACAGCGCCAGAAGUAACGAACCUGGAGUUGGCUGGGAAUUCGAUCCUCUCCAUUCCGGAUGAAGCAUUUAAUGGAUUACCAAAUUUGGAAAGACUUGAUCUAAGCAGAAAUAAUAUCACUUCCUUGGGCAUAGGUCCAAAAGCAUUCAAGUCUUUGAAGAAGUUAAUGCGUCUGAACAUGGAUGGAAAUAAUUUGGUACAUAUUCCUUCAGACUUACCAUCUACACUAGAAGAACUUAAAAUAAAUGACAACAAUCUCCAGGCUAUUGAUGAGAAAAGUUUAUCAGACUUAAAUCAACUUGUCACUUUAGAAUUGGAAGGAAACAAUCUCAGUGAAAUCAAUGUCAACCCUCUAGCUUUCAAAUCUUUGGAGAGUCUAUCAUAUCUACGUCUGGGAAGAAACAAAUUUAGAAUUAUACCACAAGGUCUUCCAGCUUCUGUUGAGGAGUUAUACCUAGAAAAUAAUCAAAUUGAAGAAAUAACUGAAAUUUGUUUCAAUCAUACCAGAAAGAUAACUAUGAUCAUUCUACGUUAUAAUAAAAUAGAAGAAAGUCGGAUUGCUCCUUUAGCAUGGAUAAAUCAAGAAAAUCUUGAAUCUAUCGACCUGUCCUAUAACAAGCUCUACCACGUCCCCUCCUACCUACCCAAAUCUCUUCUGCACCUUGUCCUAAUUGGGAACCAAAUUGAUCGGAUCCCUGGCUAUGUGUUUGGCCACAUGGAACCAGGCCUGGAGUACUUGUACCUGUCAUUUAACAGACUUUCUGAUGAUGGCGUGGACCUAGUCUCGUUCUAUGGAGCAUAUCAUUCUCUGAGAGAAUUAUUUCUGGAUCACAAUGACUUCAAAUCUAUACCACCUGGAAUACAAGACAUGAAAGCACUACAUUUUCUGAGGCUGAACAACAAUAAGAUUCGGAAUAUUCUUCCUGAACAAAUCUGCAAUGCUGAAGAGGAUGAAGACUCAGCUCUCGAGCAUCUUCAUCUCGAAAACAAUUAUAUUAGAACUAGAGAGAUAUCAUCCUAUGCGUUUUCAUGCAUAAGACUGUAUUCAAGUAUUGUUCUUAAACCACAACGCAUCGAGUGAUUUCAAGCUUCCUUCUGCCAUUUAUAAAAUUUACCCAAGCAUUAACAAAAUUACGUCUCUUUUAUUGUGUGUGUGUGUGUGUAUGUGUUUGUGCACAUGAGUACUGUGCCCUCAGUAACCAGAAGAGCUGGAGUUACAGGUGGUUCUGAGCCAGUUGAUAAGUGUGCUGUAAAAUGAACUUGGGUACGUGGUAAGAGCAGUUCUUAACUGCUUGAUCCAUGUCUCCAGUCUCCAAAAACACCAUUCUAAUGCUAAUUUCUUGGUUUAAAUAAUUCUACAGUGGUUAUAUAUGCACACUGGUAAUGGUAAGAAAAACUAGCAGAAGGGCAUACAAAAAUUCUACAAUG